GGCCACAAGAGUGCCAUCAGACCAUCACCCUGGAUGCUAAGUGAGGUAGUCUCUGGCAGUGAAAGGAAGUCUUGAACGGACACCCGAGAUUCGCUUUUUUGUUUUUGUUUUAUUUUUAGAAAGUGCAAUGAUGUUCCCAAGUGUUAUUGCGCCACCUGCGAUGUACCCAAAUAUGCUGAGGCCGACGGCCGGGCUGACUUUUCCCCAGUCCCUGCAGUCUGCAUUCACCACUCACUCAAGCUUUCUGGUGGAGGACCUGUUGCGCAUCAGCCGACCGGGAAGUUUCUUACACAGGACAAUUCCCUCACCGAGCGUUUCUCCUCCAACAACUGGGAGCACCACAGCUGUAGCAAUGGACCACCAUGGCUCCAUCUCGCCGUGUAUUGCUAAAAGGACCUCUCCGCCACAAACCCCUGUGCCAAACAGGGACCCCAGCUACUUGAAGUUUGGAGUGAAUGCCAUUUUGGCCCCAUCAACGCGCAGUGCAUCAUCACCAACCUCUAUGGUCGACCUGCGUGUGAAGAAUGUCCCCUUUUCAUAUUUUGAUGGGCCGUUCCAGCCAUUCAUCAGGGCGUCAUACUUCCCAGUGUCAUCAGCGGUGGUACCUAUCCCUGGGACCUUCUCGUGGCCCCUGGCGGCAAGAGGGAAACCAAGGCGGGGGAUGUUGAGACGGGCCGUGUUCUCAGAUGUUCAGCGCAAAGCUCUGGAGAAGAUGUUUCAAAAACAGAAGUAUAUCAGCAAGCCUGACAGAAAGAAGCUGGCGUCUAAACUCGGACUCAAAGAUUCGCAGGUGAAGAUUUGGUUCCAGAACCGUAGAAUGAAAUGGCGCAAUUCCAAAGAGCGCGAGCUUCUGUCGUCCGGAGGCUGCAGGGAGCAGACGCUGCCGACAAAGAUGAACCCAAACCCAGACCUCAGCGACGUGGGAACGGGGAAGAAAUCCUGCGAGGACGAACUUUCAGAGGCUUUCAGAGGGGAAUCAUCACCUCACCAAACAUAUUGUCACUCCCACCACACACAACACCAAAUGUUCAAUUGCAUGGAAUCCAAUGUCAUGUCGCCAUCCGACUCAAGCAAACACUCAGAUUUCUCAGAUUCCGAGGAUGAGGAGAUAACAGUGUCUUAAUUGGUGAACUUUUUACUCGUUUUUAUAGCCCACACGACAUAAUUACGAAAUGUCUCAACAUGACUGAGAAAGAGGAUGUCCUCUACUGCAACUCGAAAUCCCUGUUUUCUGGGAGAAUAUAUGUAUGGACUUGAAGUGUAACUUGUAUUAUGCACCUCUUCCUUAAACAUUGCUGUGUUUUGACAGCUAUACGUUUUGUAUAUUGUUUUGUAUUAUUGUUUGUAUGUAUGUAUAUGUAUACGUUUGUUUAUAAGGCAGCACCUACAGUG